GUCAGCUAGGCAGUAAAGCAUUCAGUGAGGAAUGUGCAGAAUUGCUGAGAACCAGCACCUAGUCAUCCUGGAGCUCCGCAGCUAUUCCAGUGUUAGCACUAACUGAGCAGGACUUCAUAGCACUGGGCUACUUAGCCAAACAGCAAGCACUGGCGAGUCAGACUCCCCAUCAACUACUGAUUGUCAAGACUAAACCAGAAUGAACAUUUCUCUAUAACUAACACCUUACUGUCCACAGCCAUUUAUUCCAGGUUCUUUGGUUAACAAUAACCUCGAGCCACGUGAAGCAAUGCAACGCUCAAAACGUCUUGCUAUUAAUGCAGACAAGCAGUGGGAGGUGGAUAGGCGGGGUGCUAAACGGGCAGAAGCCAGGCUUACCAAUGGUAUUCAUGAAAUCGAAGAAGCCCAACUGUACCAUGUCAACAACAUGAUAAAGGAGCAGAAACGCAUCCAAAUGGAUCUCAUGAGAAUCAAAGAAGCAUCCAAGAAGACUCCUGGCAAUCCUAGAAGCAAACACCCUGACUAUAGCACUGGCAGAGUACCCCAGCAUCCAUCCAGCAAUGGUGGCAGGAGACAAAAUCCUGUCCCUGGCAUAGUAGGCGGAAGCACAGUUAAAAAGCCAGAGCCUAUGACAGCAGGGCCAGUGAUGGCAUCUGGCUCAUCUAUGACUCUACAGAAUCGUAUAAAUGACUUCAUGGAUGGUGUUAACAGCAGGGGGGCAAAGAUGGGGUCUUCAUCUAUCCCUAGACCAGAGUCUGAGUCCAGCUCUACAGAAGAUAACAUGAGUGCAGUAAAUAAUAUUAAGAGACUGAGUAUCUCUGAGAAUCCCACAGCGAUGGAAGAAUUUGUCUCCAACAAUGAGGAGCAAGGCUCAUCUUAUGGCAUCCAUACAGAGGCUAAUGAAAGCACAGUAGGAACUGUUCACAAAUCUUCAGGUGUUGUUCCUCAAAGACUGGGACAUACCAACACUCAAUCUGUUGGACAAAGGAGGGGUUCUCUGUUUAAAGAAAACCUAGUUUUUGACAAGGAAGUUUAUGCCCCAGAUGGAAGUCUACGCACCAUACAUACAAUGCCUGACCUCAAUAAAUCUCUGGAAGAAGCUAGAAAUGCCAGAUAUAUUCGUUACAGGCACAGGCCUGACUUUGAGCAAGAGCUGAGUGUUCAAGAUAUAUUCCAAAAGGAUCAAGGUGGAAACCCUCAUGUCAACUCAUCUAAAGGAAAUGCCGGCAAUGUUAGGAAAAAAUAAAUUUUCACCAAAAUCAA